CAAACAGUUGACUAGUGAAAAUUAUGAGGCUUCAGCUAGCUAAGCGCCUAGCUGGGUUUUCAUUGUUGGAUAGAUCAUAGCUGGAUCUUCAUCUAGAUCUCUCUACUAUCACUAGUUUCAAAUAAUCCAUGAUCAGAUCUGCACCUUAAUCUCUGUAAAUUAAUGGCCAUGUUUCUUCCUCUUACAAUUUUCUUGAUCUCUUUGUCUUCCUUCUCUUCAUCUCCAUCUCAUGCAAAAGACACACUCACACCUGCAGACAUGCUGACAGACAACAAAACCCUAGUCUCAGCCGGUGGAAUUUUCGAGCUUGGCUUCUUCAACGAAACCAUUUCGGGAUAUCACUACCUGGGAAUUUGGUUCAAAGCUGAUGCUACCAAGGUUGUCUGGGUUGGUAACCGCGAUGUCGCCAUAUUGGAUUCCUCCGGUGUGCUACAAAUCCGGUCUGGGAAUCUGCUUCUCUCUGACCGUCGACUAGUGCAAGUCAUAGUCAACGCAGCAAAUGUUGCCUCCUCCCCCAACACAACUGCAACGCUUCUCGACACUGGAAAUUUUGUGCUUAAAGAAGCAGAUACAGGUACUGUUAUAUGGCAAAGUUUUGAUGUACCAAGUGAUACAUAUCUUCCUGGGAUGGAACUAGGGUUGUUUGAACUAAACAAAACGCAGCCAAGCUAUAACAUCCUUGUUUCUUGGGCAAGCCCCCAAAACCCAGCUCGUGGUCUCUUCACUUUAACCAUGGACCGGAUCAACUUCACAAAGCUUACUGUUUGGAGAGGAGAUGGACGCCAGAUGGAUAUCGCGUUCUGGGAUGGACAACACCUAAGGUUUAUUUUUGACAACACAACUGAAAAUAAUGACUACACUUUUAGGUACCAAACCAUUGAUGAAGAGGCUGCCUACUACACCUUUAGCAACAAUAAGAAGUACGACCUCAUAUGGUUUGUCAUGUCUUCAACUGGAAAUUUGGACCAGUUUUUUUUGGCAAACGGGAAUAUUUGGUCUGUGAGUCAUAGUUUGUGUGAGGACUCAAGCGGGGGUAAUACCGGAAAAUGCUUGGCGACUUUACCAUCUAUGUGUGACCGUGGCGAUGAUUUUUCUGUGAUGAAUGGUUCGUUGCCAUCUGCGUUUAAUAAUGGAUCCAUUUAUAUGGGUACUAGUGAUUGUGAAACAUUGUGCAAGAGCAAUUGUUCUUGCACUGCAUUUGUUGCGGCUCAAGAUGGUCAACCAGUUUGUCAACUUUAUUAUCAGAGUAAGAAGGAUAUUUUGAAGGUUGUUGAUGAGAAGGGCUCUGGGAUUAUUUACAUUCGUGGUAGUACUUCUUCAAGUGAUGGUAAAAAUUUGAAAUUCUGGCUGGCUAUUGCACUUCCUUUGGCUUUCCUCUUGAUUCUUAUGCCAAUAUCGUUAUGCUGCUAUCUGCAUUAUGGAAAGAGACUUCAAGGAGAUGAAGCAAGCAGACAACAAGAGAUUAUCAAUUCGGAUCAAGUGAGAUUAUUCCAAAUUGGUUCCACCGACGUGUCACCAAUUCAAUAUAACGGAGCUAAAAUUGUGAAUAUAAUGGAAUUAGGCAGGCAAAAGGAUCAAGAAUUGCCCUUGUUUAGUUUUUCUUCUAUACAAACUGCGACCAAUGACUUUGCCAAGGCUAAUAAACUGGGGGAAGGUGGAUAUGGCCCUGUUUAUAAGGGUUUGCUAAUGGAUGGGAGGGAAAUUGCAGUAAAAAGGUUGUCCGAAAUUUCGAGGCAAGGGUUGGAGGAGUUCAAAAACGAAGUGUUAGUUAUUUGUAAGCUUCAGCACAGGAAUUUGGUUAGGCUUUUGGGAUGCUGCAUUGAAGGAGAAGAAAGUAUACUAAUUUAUGAGUAUAUGCCCAACAAAAGCCUGGAUUCUUUCAUUUUUGAUUCAACCAAACGGAAGCUUUUGGAUUGGAGAAAGCGCAUGAACAUUAUUGAAGGGAUUGCUCAAGGCAUCCUAUAUCUUCACAAAUACUCAAGAUUAAGGAUCAUUCACCGCGAUUUAAAGACGAGCAAUAUUCUCUUGGAUAGUGGCAUGAACCCUAAAAUAUCGGAUUUUGGCAUGGCGAGAAUUUUCGCAGACAGUGACACUAAAGGAAAAACAAGCCGGGUUGUUGGUACAUUUGGUUAUAUGUCUCCCGAGUAUGCCAUGGGUGGCCUUUUUUCCAAAAAGUCAGAUGUGUUUAGCUUUGGAGUGAUCUUAUUAGAGAUCAUAAGUGGCAAGAAGAACAUUGCCUUCUUUGAGGCUGAUGAUCCACUAAACUUACUAGGCAAUGCCUGGAGUUUGUGGAAAGAAGGCAAGAGCAAUGAAUUGAUGGAUUCGACAUUGUCUGGUUCUUGUUCGAGUAAUGAAGGUACCAGAUGCAUUCAGGUGGGUCUUUUGUGUGUGCAAGAAAGAGCUAUGGAUCGACCAAAUAUGUCGGAUGUUGUUUUGAUGCUAAGCAAUGAAACAUUUGCUCUGCCUCUUCCUAAAAAAGAACCUGCAUCUUGGAGUCAGCUAAGUUCCACUGAUGUAGAUUCAUCUUCAAGUAGGCAAAGACAUCAAUCUACAAUAGAUGUGACGACUUCAACAAUACAUGCUAGCUAG